AUACAUUGCCAGCUCCAUUCAAGGCAUCCCAUGAGCAGUUGUUCCAAUGGCAACCAAACUUGAGGAAUGCAAAAUCCACCCUUCAUUUGAUACUAAUGAUCAUGAGAUCUCUCUUCCCCUAACACAUUUUGAUAUACCAUUUUUUCUAUGUAAUCCAACUCAAAGGCUUAUUUUCUUCGAUAUUCCCUGCUCAAAACGCCAUUUCUUGGAUACCAUUGUUCCAGAUCUCAAGAAAUCUCUUGCACGCACCCUGACUCAUUUCCUUCCACUAGCUGGAAACGUAAUCGUUCCUUUGGACUUUGGGAUGCCUGUGAUUCGUUACGUCUCGGGAGACUCCGUUUCUCUUACAAUUGUUCAAUGUGAUCGAGAUUAUCAGUAUCUUACAGGAAACCAUCGACGAGUGGCCGAUGAAUUCUACGCCUGUGUACCUCAGUUGCCACCCGCAAGCCGUUUUCCUGACUCUUUCGUGCUCCCUGCUUUGGUGCUUCAAGUCACACUGUUUCCAGGACAGGGAAUCUGUCUUGGUCUGACCAAUAAUCACGUAGUAGGCGAUGAGAGUAGCAUUGUUAAUUUUGUGAAAUCAUGGGCAUUACUUAACAAGUUUGAUAGUGAUGUUAGUCAGAUAGAUCAAAAAUCUUUCCCAGUUUUUCGUAGAAAUGGAGUUCAGGAUCCAGGGGGACUGGAUUCCAGGGCGUGGAAUUUCGUGACGAAAUCCAUGUUUUUCUCUGUUGAUCCUCAACCUCCAACCUUUCCCAUCAAUAGAGUCCGUGCAACGUUUAUCCUGACUAAAAAUCAAGUGCAAAACCUCAAGAACUAUGUUUCUGCCAAUAGGCCAAAUUUACGUCACAUUUCAUCUUUCUCAGUGAUUUGUGCUUAUGUUUGGACAUGCUCGGAAAAAUGUUUGGCUGCUACAGCUGGCCAGCAGGAGACGAACGACGACGAGCCCGUCUACCUUCCUUUUGCUGCAGACUGUCGGAAACGUUUGAGCCCACAUUUGCCGUCAACUUACUUUGGUAAUUGUGUAGUAUAUGUGAUUACACAGUCCAGGCACGGAUUGUUAAAGGGAGAUGAAGGAUUUCUUAUAGCUGCAGAGUCUAUAGGAGAGGCCAUCACGGAAACCCUGUAUAAUGAAAGGGAAAUCUUGGAUAGUGCGGGUUGGCCGAUGGAUUUCAGCGAAUACUUCGGUCGACGAUAUAUAGGUGUGGCCGGAUCACCGAAAUUUGACGUAUAUGAGGCUGAUUUCGGGUGGGGAAGGCCCAAAAAGUACGAAUUUGCUCAUGUUGAUGGGGAAAGAUAUUCGAUAUCCCUAUGCAAGUCGAGGGAAUUUGAAGGAGGAUUUGAGAUUGGGGUGUCUAGAAUGAAGACUGACAUGGAUGUCUUUGAGGAUAUUUUCAAUCAAGGCCUUCAGAUGAUUGAUCGAGAUUGAAUUGAUCACAUAUAGGUUUGUCAAUGCGUGCGUAUCUAUUACUCGGAUUCACACAAAAUAAAUGCUGAUGGUGACUUUUUGGUA